AUGUCCAGCGUGCUUCGACAUUUCCUCAGUCCAGAGGCAACCAUGGCUUUAAAACUGAUUAAAAUUGCCGAGAAACUAAGCAAUAACCUGGAUGACUUCGCUUUGUAUGUGACAGACGUGACUAUGGAUUCGUUUGCUGUUAAUGAUAAGGGAGAGCUGCUCUUAAUUGAUCUCGAUUCAGUGCUUGUUGUGGACAAAUUGGCAGUGAAAGGAUCUGAACUGACGACUUGGAAUGGUAUGCAUGAGAGCCAGUUCAAUGAGUGCAGGAAUCAGACAUUCAGGGAGUGUAAUAAAGACACAGAGCCCCAGCUAUGCAGGCAUGCCAACUCGGACCAUAACUACUAUGUUAUAUGUAGACAGCUGCUAUCGCAAGAUGCUUAUGACGGUUCUGAGAAGAGGAGAAGUUUUGUUAAUGGUUUGUUGCAUGAUAUGCCAGAUACUGCCAGGAAUGAUUGGGAACUAGAUUAUUUACUGAGUGAAUCUGUCAUGCCAACACGACAACGAGGACGAAUGCAAGUCGUUCACAAGAUGAUUGAAGCGCUGUCAAACCUUCAGUCUGAACCAGUGAAGCAUUGA